AUGGCAUCCACUAAACCCGUCAUCAUCCUCGUCCACGGCUUCUGGGGCGGAGCCGCGCAUUGGGGAAACGUCAUCACCGCGCUCACCGCCAAGGGCUACACGCUCGACGACCUGCACGCCAUCGACGUGCCGCUGACCUCGCUGUCCGACGACGCGGGCCGCAUCACAAAGGCAAUCGACCAGGCCAGCAAGGGCGGCCGCCCAGUCCUCCUCGCCGGCAACCACGCCGCCGUCAAGGGCAUCGUGUACAUUGCCGCAUUCGCGCCCGACGCCGGCGAGUCGCCAGGCGGUAUCACGCAGGAGAACCCGCCCGCCGCGGCCGCCAACCUCGCGCCCGACUCGGACGGGUUCCUCUGGGUCGUUCCCGACAAGUACCACACGAGCUUUUGCCAGGACCUCGACGCGCGCGACGCGACCGUCAUGGGCGUCACGCAAAAGGCGCCGCUCGCGAGCACGUUUGGCAACACCGUCUCGGACCCGGCGUGGCGGCACAAGCCGACGUGGUACCAGGUGUCGGCCGACGACCGCAUGAUCCAUCCCGACAACGAACGCCGCAUGGCCAAACGCAUGAACCCGCGCAAGACCAUUGAGCUCGCGGCCAGCCACGCGUCGCUCGCGUCCCAGCCCGACGCCGUCGCGGCCCUGAUUGACGAGGCCGCAAAGUCGCUCGCGGCGUGA